AUGGCUGCUCUGCCUCCUCGCCGUGACAUCCAGAUUCCCUUUGGGAAUGCGCGGAUGGCUGCGUGGCUGUACUCGUCGCCUGUCGCUUCGCCGCAGAAACCUGGGCCGGCGAUGGUAUGUGGACACGGGUUGGGAGCGGUCAAGGAGAUGGGACUGGACAAGUACUGCGAACUCUUCCAGAAGGAAGGCUACACCGCUGUCGCUUUCGACUACCGAGGCUUCGGCGAGUCGACAGGCUCAGAACCACAAAUCCUCGACUGGAACAUGCAGCAAGAUGACUGGGCCGUCGUGCUCGAGUACGUGCGGAACUUGCCUGAAGUUGACGCAUCACGAGUAGGGGUAUUCGGCACCUCCUUCGGCGGCGGCCACGUAAUCGCCGUCGCAGCGAAAGACAAGCGCGUAGCAGCCGCCAUCUCCCAAUGUCCGUUCACGAGCGGUCCUCACUCAGCCGCGACGCUCGGAUGGUACGCGCCGUUUGCGUUGACGGCGUUGGGCAUCAAGGAUUUGUUGUUCGGGAAGCCGGGUGACUACGUGCCGGUCAAGUUGGCGGGAAAGCCAGGCGAAGUCGCACUCAUGAACGCCCCGGACGUCGAGUCCGGCUACAAGCGCCUCAUGCCUCCCUCCCUUGAAGCCCGCGGCCUCCCAAUCACCGUCGCUGCCCGCGCGGCCCUCCAAAUCCCCUUCCUCCGACCCGGGUCGUACGCUCCGCAAGUCGAGUGUCCGAUAUUCUUUGCGAUUUGUAAAGGGGAUACGGUGGCGCCUGCUGGACCAACGAGGGGGUGGGCGAAGAUGGCCCCGAGGGGAGUGGUGAAGGAGUAUGAGCUGGGACACUUCUCGAUCUAUGUCGACGAGGGAUUCGAGCAGGCGUCGAAGGAUUAUGUCGAUUUCCUUCGCCAGGUCCUUCCCGUGAGGCAGUAG